UACGUGUGCCAGUGGAUUACUCUGCUCUUGGAGAGGCUGCUGAAGGAGGGGUUCAUCGUAUACCAUUGAGAACACAAGACCCCAGGCUUGUCUUUUGUGGAAGUGAACCAUGCAACAGAACUACCUAUAUCCACAAGUAUAUAUGGUGGAUGGCAAUCCGAACCCCAACCCUUAUGUGCCUGCACCAACCUGGACACUGCCCACAAUGAAGAAAAGAAGGAAGCUGGACUGGAAAUCGAUGGGCAUCAUAGUGCUGCUGAACCUGGUCCUUUUAAUCCUGGCUGGGUUGGCUCUGGGCGCAGUCUAUGUACUCGAGCUGAGGAAGGAGAUCCACGAAAUAAGACAGGGUAACAGAGAGCAGGCUGCAACCGCAGAGAAGAUUAUUGGAGCUAAGAAUAUCUCAAAGCCAGCCAAGGAUUUCAGUGUAGCUGCACACCUCACAGGAGAUUCAAUUACCGCAGGUUCCAACCCACUUAUAUGGGAUGAUAGAAGAGGUCACGCCUUCACCAGGGGCGUACUCUACAAAGACAGAGGCCUGGUUGUCAACGAAACUGGGAUUUUCUUUGUUUAUUCAAAGAUCUACUUCCGAUCGCACACGUGCGAAUCUAAGAAGGACUUAGAGCACAUUGUAUUCAAACGGACAGACCGCUAUCAUAAAGAUAUGAUUCUAAUGGAAACCAGAAAAACAAAUUAUUGUUCAGAGAUGAGAAGGGAAUGGGCUACAAACAGUUACCAAGCAGGAAUAAUACGCCUAUCGAAAGGUGAAUCCAUUUACGUCAAUGUUUCAGAUUCCAGACUGGUUAACUUUGAUGAGACAAAAACUUUUUUUGGAUUGUAUAAACUUUAGUUUACGUUGCUAAUUUAUAUAUUCAUGAAAAGCUGAAAGAACUCUAUUCAACAAAAAAAAGAAAAUCAAAAAUACACCAAAGUCACUCAUGUCCCAAGCACCACCAAUUAAAAUCUUUAGGCUUUGAUUUUCUUUCCAAGUCCUAAGGUAUCAUUUCCCAACAGAUUUGAAACAGCUGGUUUCUUUCUCCAGAGGAUGAAACUCUUUCCUCCCUUGGCAUUGCCCCAGUGGCCCAGCCUGAGAAAGAGUAAUUGCCCUGUGGGGCAAAAGCAAGAGGAAGGGAUACAGAGUGAAAAAGGGGUGGCACUUGUAAAGUGAUGCACUGCAAUGCCAAACCACUUCCAGUCAAUUAUUGCCUGCGCACAUUUCAACUUCAGUGAAUAGAUUGCGAUAAGUAACAAUAAGAACGGACUGGAUAUGUUUUAAAUGACAUCCUUGCACAUUAUUCAAAAAUAAGAUGAAAAUUUGCGUGCAACAAAUGAAACUGUGCGAACACCAGAAAGGAUCACUCGAUGAUUUGCUGACAAAUAGAAUUGUAACAGAGAUUCAUGAUAAACCUCUAGGCCCUACUAAUGACUAAAUCAUAUCCAAAACCUGCUUAAAUUAGGUUUGAGUGCAAAAUGAAUUGUCUGUAUUAUGCAGUGCAAAAUUUAUCCCAGUGAAAUGUAGAAAGGCUUUGCCUGAGAAAUGUACCAUUGUGCAUGGAUUUUAUUAUGUAGGCUUGUUCCAUUACGGAUUGUUCGAUGUGAAAAAGUGCCUGUGGCAGCAAAGCAUGUCCUAGUGGACAGACUCUUUGAUAUUAUGUCACUUUAAAAUACAGCACACUAUGGUAAUCAAUUUAUGAAAGCAAACAUUUGUGCAAUAAUAACUUCAC